AUGUCAAACCUAACAACCAACGACUCCGCCGUCCUCCACGCUCUCUUCGACGCCGAAUCCUCCCCAUCCUCAGCAAUACAAAUCGACUCAACCCUCCCCCCAUUCCCUGCAAACCUACAAAUCACCCCGGAAGAUCACAAGUUACUCGGCAACCGCGAAAAAUCCAUCAUAAAAUCCCUCCAAAUCGACAAUGUCUCCCAAGAAACCAUCCACUCCGCCAUUACAGCCCUAGACGCUCUUAUCGAGGAUAACCCGACUUACCCGCCCGCCUAUGCUAAUAGAGCGCAGGUGCUUCGGAUGCUUGUUGACAAGGAAUCUAGUCUGAGUGAGAAGCUGGAAUUAAAAACGGGGGAUGCAAUGUUCACGGAUCCAGCGAAUGCGCCUACUGUUUCUCGACUCUUCGCUGAUCUGGGACAAGCAAUCAACCUAUCCACGCCUUUAUCACCAGCAGACCCCGUCUCUCUCCUUCAGGCGCGUAUCCUGGCAGACACGCAUACACAUCGCGGGUAUCUGCUGCUUAAAGCUGCCAGGGCGAGGAGGAAUUCCAAGGCUCAAGGGGUGGGACAACUGUGGGAGCUGGGAUCCGAUCAGUUGGAGGAGAUGGCGAGUAGGGACUUUUUCCUGGGAGGGAGAUAUGGGAAUAAGAUUGCGCAGCAAAUGGCGGUGCAGACGAAUCCGUAUGCGAAGAUGUGUGGAGCUAUUGUGAAGGAGGCGAUGAGGAAGGAGGUUGUAGGAUGA